ACAGGGACCUCGCGGGAUAGCGAAGGCACCGACAGCCUCACUAUAAAGCUCGACACUGUCCCCUCACCGGUCAGAGCGCAACGGAGCGAAAUGCUCUCCAUCAGACUGAGCUUCAGUGCGCGUGGUGGAGCUUAAGAGAAACCCGAACAUAAACAAAUGACCGCAAUAUAAAUUUGUGAGUGAAGCGGUCAAACUACUUGAGGCUGAGAAAGUAAGGGAUUCGCUGAACCACAGGAAUACAUAGCCUACCGUUAUUCAGGGGAGAAACGAAGAAAAGAGCAACAGCGAAAUAAAGAGCACAGAAGAUCAGUAAGAAGUGACUGUGGGUAGGUCUUCCCCUCCUUGGCUGAGCAGAAUGAAGUCUCAGGUGCUGCUGGUCCUGCUCUUCGCUACCUGUGCAGGGGCCACACGCUUCACUCGGGACAGCACCCAGAGGAGCACCCUGGAGGCUCCCAUCGGAGCAGUCGCCCCGGCAGGGAACAGCUCCGCCCCCGAGAACCUCCCAACCAGGCUGGCCCCACCCCGGGGCCCCUUCCCACCCAUGUGCGUUAAGCCCAUCGAGAUCAAGGAAGCCUUCAAGUACAUCAACACGGUGGUGUCCUGCCUGAUAUUCGUGGUGGGCAUCAUCGGGAACUCCACCCUGCUGCGCAUUAUCUACAAGAACAAGUGCAUGAGGAACGGUCCCAACGUGCUCAUAGCCAGCCUGGCCCUGGGGGAUCUGCUGUACAUCCUCAUUGCCAUACCCAUCAAUGUCUUCAAGCUACUGGCAGAGGACUGGCCGUUCGGGGUCCAUGUUUGUAAGCUGGUGCCCUUCAUCCAGAAAGCUUCAGUAGGCAUCACUGUGCUGAGCCUGUGUGCCUUAAGUAUCGACCGGUAUCAUGCGGUGACAUCAUGGAGCCGGGUGAAGGGCAUGGGCAUUCCACUGUGGAAGACUGUAGAGGUGAUCCUGAUCUGGCUGGUUGCCGUGGUGCUGGCCGUGCCUGAGGCUCUGGCAUUUGAUAUGAUGGAGAUGUCAUACCGCGGGAGCAAGUUACGCAUAUGCUUACUGCACCCUCAACAGAACACGCCCUUCAUGAAGUUUUAUCAGGACGCUAAGGACUGGUGGCUGUUCGGCUUCUACUUCUGCCUGCCGUUGGCGUGCACAGGCGUCUUCUACACCCUGAUGUCCUGCGAGAUGCUGAGCCGCAAGAAAGGGAUGCGCAUUGCCCUCAAUGACCACAUGAAGCAGCGUAGAGAAGUGGCCAAAACAGUCUUCUGCCUGGUGGUGAUCUUCGCUCUCUGUUGGCUACCCCUCCACCUCAGCCGUAUUUUGAAAAAGACCAUAUACGACCAGAAUGACCCUAACCGAUGUGAACUCCUCAGUUUCCUACUGGUGAUAGAUUACAUUGGCAUCAACAUGGCAUCCCUUAACUCCUGCAUCAACCCUGUGGCACUCUAUUUUGUCAGUCAGAAGUUUAAGAACUGCUUCAAGUCUUGUCUGUGCUGCUGGUGCCAGAGGAAAUCGAGGGAUCUCUCCCCGAUAGAUGAGAGGGGCUCCGGGGUUCGCUGGAAGGGGUACUGCCGUGAGAAUGGCCUGGACUGGACCAGCUCCCGGUCGAGCCAGAAGUUCAGCUCCUCUUAAGGGCCCAGCGCUCCUGGCGGCUGGACGGACACACAGCCAGGCCAACUCCGGCCACCUUUUGGGGCUCAGCCCUCACUCACUGUGACUCCCUCAGUGAAGAGGGGGCUCCCGUUAAGCCAGAUGGAUUACCGCCAUCCUGGACUGGACUCACCGUGGGAAGGAAGGCAUAUGAAGAGGAGCCACCAUUUAAAACUGUAUAAAUGUAUUUACUCCCCCAAGGCAAGGCUUAUACUAGUACUCCAGUGGGAAAAUAUGACUUUGACAGUGUUUUUUUAUUUUCCCUUGCCCAUUAAGUGCUUAUGAAAACUGUGACAAUGAUAAACACACUUAUGGAAAAUAAUAACUUAUUUGCACGCUGACCCGUCCACCUCCUCGCGCUUACACUCGCAUACAUAAAACAAUGUGUUGCUCACAUACUUGUAUCAAGCUCAGCCCGAGUCUAUAUAAAUCUUCUAAAAUCAGCCCUUCAACUGUGACAUCAUCAGCAUGGGAUGAACAGUCUUGUUUAUCUGCUUCCUGUAGUAUGGACAAUCUACCCUGGGAGGUCAUGGAUCACACUUCAGAGUGAAACAAUGGACAUUUUGUGUCAAGUAGCAUUUAGCAGGGAGGGAAUAGCAGCAGCAGUGGUCGUUUCAUGGAGCACACCUUCAAAAUAUCUCCGCUUAAUGAAACUAGAUUUGAAGGUUCCAACAGACACACUGCUUUUCCUCUGCAGAUUCUUCCAUAACCCUUGUAAUGGUACAAAAUUGCUUUAUGUGCUUUUUUUGUGUACGUUAUCUUAGUAUCUUAUAAGUCUUAUACUGUAAAUAAAUAUAAAAGAACAUGACAAUGAGAUUUAUCAAGGGCAAAUGUAAUUAUGAUAAUCUGAUUAUACCUCUUGUUCAAGAAUACAUUAUUUUUGGCUGGACUGCAACAGCGGGGCCAGCCCUAUAAACGCGAAUGUCUGUGAUUGAGUCACUGAGUGAUGAAGUUACACCGCGCAUGUCUGUGACUGAGUGAUGAAGUUACACCAUUGGUCGGCCGGUUUGGUCCAGCCAUAUACUAGGUUUUGACCUGGUCUUGUUUAAUAAGAUCAGAAAGUGUGUUUUUUGGCAUUUAUUGUUAGUACUUGUUGUGUCUGCCUUUCACCUUGAUUACUGCCUUCACUCUGCUUGGCUUUGAUUCCACCAGCUUAUGCAAAAUCUCAUCUUCCAUUUCAUCCCAGCUCUUCCCAUAGAUGAUCUCUUGAUGUUGAUUGGUGUUUGGCUUUUUCCCUCUUCAACUGCUCCCAUGGAUGUUCUUUUGGGUUCAGGACUGCCGACUAUGGGAGGAAUGCCAUCCUAACAAGCUCUCAUUCUUCUCAAUAAUGUAUUGAAUAAAAAGUGUAAUCGGAGUAUCAUAAUUGCAUUAUUCCUUGAUAAAUAAUGAAAACAACCAGGAAUUGGUAGUAUGCUUGGACUUUUGGUCCCCAUUUUAUAUAUAUUUGAUUUUGUGUCAAAUUUGCCUCUGUGGGGUGAGAGGGUAUGCAUAUGUAUAUGUCAAUUUAAAAGCAUUGCAUUGCCAGAAAUACAUGUACCAAGUUUCUAUUCUCCAAAAGUCAUUGUCUUUUCAUAUUUGCAAGGCUUUUUUAUACAAUAUCUAGUUGGUCAAUAUGCAGCAAAUAAAUACUAUUUUAUCACA